AUUUCCCGUUCCUACUACUGAAUCAUCCUAUUGGUAUACAAGAAUAGUCUAUAACAAUGAAGCCACCUACCAUCUGGGCCACCCUCCUCACCCUGACCCUAACUGGGCUAUCUCUGGCCGAUAAAACCUGCACCCCGAGCUUUGAUUACUGCUCGGAUGUACUGUUGAAUGAUAAGGGCUUCUCUCAGUCCGAUCUGACAGACGCCCUCCAAGGCACCGGAUAUGAGAACCAAAACUUGACCAACAUCCUCUUCCACUCCUGCGGAGGAUGCAAGAAACGAGGACUAGAUGAACAAUGUUCCUACCGGCCCGAGGAUAUGCCUCCCGCCACCUCUCAUAAAAAAGCCAAAAUAUCUCAUUCGGAUGAUGAGAGCCGCUCUUUCUCUCCUCCGAGGCAGCAAACCCUGCCACGCAAUACUUUCAAUGUUGCACCGCGCUCGCAGAGGAAGCGUCGGCGGGAUGAGUCCUCUCCUACCCGGCAUGUUCGAAACCGACAUGACUCGGUGGAGGUAUACUCUAUCGCUUCAGAUGACAGCGACCCUUCUAACCCGCCGGGUACCGGAAUCAAUGCCCACAUCUCGCGCCUGACCCGGCUGCAGCAGGCCGUAGAUGCAAGAACAGGCCGCGUCAAGACUGAAGCCCCCAUAGAAGAUGGCAUAUUCUCGCUGCAAGAUACAGGGCCAGACUGCGUUCCUCACUUUACCAUUGCCGAAUCUCCAGCCCAACUGCCCUCAGAUCUGAUGGACAGUCUGAUCGCCACCUACUUGGCCCGCGACUAUGUGAAUUGGCCUAUCUUCGACCUGUCAGACUUUCAGUCGGCCUGCGAAAAGGUCGGCGAUGUGCAAGACCUCACCGCUGGGUCGAGUGGCUUUCACGCCAUAUUCAUGAUGAUUCUAUGUCUUUCUGGGUUGAGAUACCGCCAAGUAGACGAAGCUUAUCUGCAGUCCCGCUUCAACCACGCCCAGAGAAUGACAAACAGCCCAGACUGGCAGAGCACCCCUUGGGUACGUGUGCAAUGUCUCUUCUUGCAAUGCCAGUACCUCAACGCAACAGGAAAAUCCAAACAAGCCUGGGCCCUGAUCGGCUACACCAUCCGCACCAUGCAAGCCCUAGGAGUCCAGUCCCAAACAACCGCCCGCAACGGCCGGGAAAGACAGCAGCGCGAACUCGGCCGCAGGCUCUGGCAUAGCGCAACUAUCCUGGAGCGAAUGCUAGCACUACAGCUAGGCCUACCGCCCCAAGUCAACAGCCCCCUCCAGGUGCAUCUCCCCACACACCUAGACACCGACUACAUCGACACCGUCUCCGGCGGGACACCCAACUUCAGCGGAGACCGGCCCUCCGUCAUCGAGUUCCUAAUCGCAUGCGCCAGACUCUACACCCACGUUGAAGACAUCACUGCCUGGGAAUCCGAAGCAAGAACCCGACCAGACACCUGCGCCGCGAAGAAACUCCUCGCCCUGGACAUCACCCCAUUUCUCAAAACAGACGCUCUUCUCUAUGACUGGCAAACAUCUCUACCCUCAUUUCUCCGCACCGAUGAGACCUUCGAACUAGCGGACGACCCCAUAGUCCGCCGACAACGCCACACCCUGCACGCCCGCUACCUCUAUCUUCGCCUUCGACUCUACCGACCUUUCUUAGCUCUUGGCCUCGCCCUCUCCGCCAAAUGCCCCUGCCGCUCAAACAAGCACCCUCACAUGUCAGAGACUGAUCCUUCUUCAUCUAUCAACUCGCCAAUACUAGUGACCAUCGUCCGCGACACCUCCCUCAAAUGCGCCGCCAUCGCCGCAGACCUCGUCGACUUGAUCGAGGAAACCGAGGACGGGCUGCUCGACGGCGGUCCGGACGAUACGUGGCGCAGCGCAGGCUCGCCCUACUGGGAGAACGUGGAGUAUUUGUAUGCCUGUGGGAUUGUCAUCCUGGCGGCGCGGCUCUGUCCUAGUUCGGGUUCGGGCGUGGCACCGCUUAAGAGGGCCUGGACGAGGGUUAUCUCCUUGUUGACGAAGUAUGAAGGGUUCCGGGCCGGGGAGUAUACUCGUCUUGCGAGGUUGGGGAGAAGCACGCUUGAGAAUUUGGCGGGUGCUUUGCAGCGGGAUGUGAGUGAUGCGAUGGUGACGGGUUUGGAUGGGGAGGUGAGGACGAGGUUGGUGGGGAGGACGAGUGGCGCUGUAGAUUCGUCGGGGGGAGGGCGUAGGCAGAGUCACAGUCAAAGUCAGGGUCAGAGUGAACGGGGGAACUUGGGUUGGGUUGAGAGUUUGUUGAUUGAUUUGGUGGGAAAUGGUAUGUGA